AUGGCAGAACCGACUCAAAUGCUCAUCCUCUCCAUUCCCGCUUCAAAACCAAUCGAAGAUACAACUUCCCCAGCUGGCAAAACAUGGCAAGAAAUAUUAGAAUUGAUACGAAAGUCAGAAGGGUACAAGAGGUUAUAUUGGGGUCGUCACGUCGAGAAACCAGACGAUGUUCAACUACACAUCGUCCGCGGUCUCCUCGAACACCACCACACCUUCCUCACCUCGCCCUCCUACCUGACCCUCACCACCCUCCUCCAAGCCCUCGGAGCCGACAACAAGCCAACAAUCCGCCACGCGCUCAUCUCAGAGUUUUCACAGCCGUGUAAGGGUUUGGGAAAAGGCGCGCCAGUGACAGGGACAGCGAUCUACCUCUCCACCACCGCCUCCUGGAGUCUCGCAUGGACGGCCUGGGUCUCCUUCGUGCCGAGCGUGCCUGGAUUCCUCGGCAUCGCGGGCGGGCCGGUGCUGGAAGCGGUCAAGGGGGAAGAGAGGGCCUUCGUCGCGCUCGUAGGCUGGGAAAGUAUAGCUAUGCACGAAGCGUAUCAUCACACUAGACAUUUUAGAGAGGAAGGGAGGAAGGUGUUGCUGGAUGAGGCGGAAGGCGGGUAUGCUCAUUAUGGGCAUAUUGCCUUCGCUCACCAUGAGGCGAAGGGAGAGAACGGGGAGAAGGGAGGGGGAGGAGCGAAGUUAUGA